AUGUCACAAACACCAGAUGUUCCACAUGCUCCAAGACUCCAAACUCAACUCCGUACUUCAAGUGCUGGUAUGUUGAUGGAGAAGAGAAGACAAGAGCAUAGGCAUAGGCAUAGCAUAUAUAGUUAUUUCAUAUUCAUUUGGAGGGAUUUAAAAAGAAGGCGACAACAACAAUGA